UCAGUGUGGUACGUUGCAAAAAUUUUACUAAAUUUUCCUCCGUGCUUUCCCCAACGGCAUUUUCCAUGCUCGUGGAGCAUUUCUGGGAGCUGAAGGAGCUUGGCAGGAAUCUUGGUGCGCCAAAGUAACAACAGAGUGCCAAAAAGGACGUUCAGGGGGAGGAUUUUUGGGGUUUUUCUGGGUGUUGAAAAUGUACGUGAUAUGACGUGUUCAUCUCACAGAGAAAGAACCCCAAAAGAAUUUCCAUAUGUCAGACGUACGGCCUCCAGAAGCUGAUAAAAGAACUGAUACACCGUGUGGGGAUACAGCUGGAGUACUUGGAAGGAAUGUUCCAUCUGCCAAUCAAGAAGUCGUGAAUUCCUCGAGAAAAGUCCAGAGAAAUAUGGUUAUUUACUAUGGGAAGGAGGUAAUCUGCAUAAUCGCAUUAAUACUCACCACGUAUGCAACGCUGCAGAACAAUGCAACACGGACAGCGAGGCCCCCGAGUCCUCGACACUUCUUCUCAGCGGGUUCCCUCGUGAGUGAUUCCCCGGAUGGGCGUUUGGGGCCCACACAGAGCCGCGUGACACUGUCGGAGCUCUCAUUUGUCUUCUACUACGCCCCCUGGUGCGCUAGUAGUCAGAAAGCCCGGACUGCGUAUGAGCACGUUGCACGAAUCUUCUACCACGAAGCCCAUUUUGCCGCUAUAAAUUGCUGGCAGCCGGGUGGAGAGUGCCGGCUGCAGUACUCAAAGGUUCAAUCAUGGCCUGUGCUGAUGGCUUACAUGCCUGGUGGGCUGGCGGUGCAAUUCAACGGGCAGUGGCACCCGAAGAACCUCGUCAAGUUUGUCCGUUCCCUCAUUAAGCCCAUCCAUCGUCUUGGUGUCCCAAAUGAGCUCCUGACCGUUCUCACGGGACACGAUGCUGUUGUCGUGGCUUUUGUGGAGCUACAGAAGCACCAGCGUGCAUAUCAGAUCUUCUUCCAGACAGCUGUGAAGUUCCUGGAACGAGAACCAUUGCGUGAGAUGCAAUUUGCCGUUGUUACGGGGGAAUCUGCAAAGGCUUUCGGCGUGGACACAAUGCCCAGCAUAAGGCUGUAUCAGUGGAAUGAGACACUGGAAUACUUCAAUUCAACGUGGACUGUGUCGAAUAUUACAUCCUGGGUGGUGGAUCACAAUCAGCAGGUAACGCUGUGGAUGUCGCCAACAGGUGGGAAAUCCAAGAUGUUCUCGCAGUACAUAAAGCAGGGCUCAGCUCUGCUUUUCUUCACACCGCGGAACUUCUACUGGGACUGGACAGAUGGCUACACGAUGAUCCGGCAACUUGGCAUGGAGUACUACAAUUGCCUCGGCGAUAAGUGGAUCAACGAGAUGUCCCGGGAAUUUAUGAUGUUCCAACGAAAAGAAAAUCAACAAAACCACAUGGAACUCCGGACAAUGUGCAAGGACCUCCUGAGGAACUUCCAACGACACGGACCCUUCAUGCAGAAACCCCAAAUUCCACGGCAUCGAGCUGUUUCGGUGCACUUUGUGAAUGUCCUCAACAAUUCCAAGCACGCAGACAAUGAGCUUCUGCGUGAUAUUUGCGCCAUUGAGGAGCACGAAGAGCCCCCACAUGCAAAGUACACACCAAACCCAGUGACGUGUCACCAGGAGAGGAAGCACUGUGACAUCGAUGACCAACCUCCGGUCUACGCCACGCAGAAUCCCUUCGACAAACGUAGCCCGGAGAGUCUCAAAAUUCUCGCCGAGAGGCGUCAGUGUGAGCUCCUCUAUCACGGGGAGCUCAUCCAGAAGGCCAUCUUCUUCCCCACUGGUCAGCCGGAGAAUGGCGAAGGGAUCUCCGGCCUUGGGUGCAAAUACAACAAAACAAUGUCCUUCAUUGUGAUCGACAGUCUAACGUACCAUCCAUUCGCUGAACGUCUCGGUGUGGAUGUUUUAGCGCAGAAAGAUAAGAGUGCCGUCUUUAUCAUUGACCCUGAGAAUGAGUCAACGUAUUUUAUGAAGGAGGACAUUUCCCUGAGGAAUAUCAUGCAAUUCGUGCGGAAUUUCUUUCAGAAACGCCUCAAUAGGCACCUAAAGACCUCCGACACCCCAAUGCGGUUCACCCACACCUUCAGGGAGGAGAAGGUGGAGGUGAAUGGCAGCAGUGAGAGCAGCAGCAAUGCAGUGAGUAGGGAGGUGGCAUUUGACGUGGUGUCCUCCAAGACAUUCCUGGAGAGCGUAAUGGAGUCCGGGAGCACGGAUGUGGUGCUCUUUACCUCCACAAAUUGUGCCUUUUGCACGAUGAUGUCGCAGAAUGUGCUGCAAGUGGCGCAAAUCCUUCGGCACAUUCCACGACUGCGCUUUGUGACAAUCGACGGGGAUCGCAAUGAUCUGCCGUGGCAGUACCAAAUGGAGUACUUCCCGUCGCUCGUGGUGUUCCCGCGGCACAACAAGGCGGAAUCGCGCAUCUUCCCCACGCAUCUGCCGGUGACGGUGCAGAACAUUCUGAGCUUCGUUGUGGCCAAUUUGGAGCGUGGGAGUCGCCUACGGGCCAUCAUGCUCGCGUGUAGUGCCUCAAAGAAGAUCCCGUCGCUCGGGCACUGUGUGCAGGUGCUGCGGACGGAGGUGGAGGCGACGAUCUCGGAGAGUUUGCGACAGUGGCGCACACAGGCCCACAGGCGCUCCUCCAUUCUCAGACGAUUGCAAAUUCUGCGGGAGUUGUACUUGCAUUUGCACGAGACAAAUCAAUUCUGUGAUUUUAAGCAAUUAGAACACUACGUGAGGCGGAUUGUUAAAAUUUGGAGUUGAUGACGGGGCCGGGGGGGACGAUGAGAGCUUUGUUACGAAACAUUUUUGUUGCCUGAAAUGAAAUGAGAAAUAAAAAAAAAUUAAGAAAAUGUU